AACGAAGUCUUUGUAAAUAUCAACAUGGUGGCGCAAAUCCAGCCUUCGUUCGAGGCUUUAAAGGCCAUCGUAGACUCUCAUCAGGAGUUGGAGACACAGCACAAUAUGUAUCCCAUCUACCAGUAUGUAAACAACAACGACUUGUCUGUUCACCAGGCUUACUUGAAGUUGGCCAAGUUGAACGACAAGGGUCGCUCACCUUCUUUCCUCUUUGAGUCGGCUGUUAAGGGUGACACUGUAGACAGAUAUAGUUUCAUCGGAGUCAACCCCAAGAAGGUCAUCAAGACAGGAGACGAUGAAUCCAAGUAUGCUGAAUCAUUUUGCAAUGUUGACCCUAUCACAGUGUUGGAGAAGGAAAUGAAAAACUACAACCAGGCACAAUUGCCCGGUUUACCUAAAUUCAGUGGUGGUGCUACUGGGUACAUCUCGUAUGAUUGUAUCAAGUACUUUGAACCUAAGACCAGAAGACCAUUGAAAGACGUAUUGGGUUUUCCUGAAGCAGUUCUCAUGCUUUGUGACUUAGUCGUGGCCUUUGACCACGUUUUCCAAAGAUUCCAGAUCAUCAACAAUGUCAGAGUAGGCGAAGGUGAAGAUCUUGCUACCAACUUCGCCAAAGCCGAAAAGGAAAUACAAGACGUAGAAAGGUUGUUGUCAUCAGAGUUUUCAAGCGACCUCAAUCCACAACAGCCUCCCAUCAAGCUUGGCCAGACAUUCACGUCGAAUAUCGGGAAGGAAGGCUACGAAGCCCAUGUGUCUAAUUUGAAGAAGCACAUCUUGUUGGGAGACAUUAUCCAGGCCGUGCCCUCGCAGAGAGUCGCCAGACCUACAUCCUUGCAUCCGUUCAACAUAUACCGUCAGUUGAGAUCAGUUAAUCCAUCUCCAUACUUGUUCUACGUUGAUUUGGUGGAUUUCCAGAUCAUUGGAGCUUCUCCAGAAUUGUUAGUACAAGCUGAUGCUAAGGGAAGAGUCGUUACACACCCCAUUGCCGGGACUAUUGCCAGAGGUAAAACCAACGAAGAAGAUGAAGCUAAUGCUGAAAUCUUGAGAUCGAGUUUGAAGGAUAGAGCCGAACACAUCAUGUUGGUGGACUUGGCCCGUAACGACAUUAAUAGAGUUUGCCAGCCUACCACCAACAAAGUGGACCGUUUGCUCACCAUCGAGAGAUUCUCACAUGUGAUGCAUUUGGUAUCUGAAGUCAGCGGAACUUUGAGAGAAGACAAGACCCGUUUUGAUGCGUUCAGAUCCAUCUUCCCAGCUGGUACUGUUAGUGGCGCUCCUAAGGUGAGAGCUAUGGAGCUCAUUGCCGAGUUGGAAAAGGAAAAAAGAGGUGUAUACGCUGGUGCUGUAGGCCACUGGGGCUACGACGGUAAGACCAUGGACACCUGUAUUGCCUUGAGAACCAUGGUGUACAAAGACGGCGUGGCGUACUUGCAAGCCGGUGGAGGUAUUGUAUUCGACAGUGACGAAUAUGAUGAGUAUAUCGAAACAAUGAACAAGAUGAAGGCCAACAACAACACCAUCGUGGUGGCUGAAGAGUACUGGGCUGAAAAGGUCGGUAUCCAAAAAUAGACAUCGAUGUGUACCAAUAUUCAUACAUAGUAAAUACAUUUAAAAGUUUAUUAAGCUUUGGGUGC